AUGAUAUCUCGAGCGGCGGCUCCUUCGUCUUCUCCUCUCGCCUCUCUUUCCUCCCGAUCUCUCCGAAUCCAGGCCCCGGCCGCCCGCUCGUUCGCGACCGUCCAGGACAAUGCUCCCCCGGUACACCACCACGGCGGUCUGAAGGACCAGGACCGCAUCUUCACGAAUCUUUACAACCAUCAUGGCGCGGACUUGAAGUCGGCUAUGAAGUAUGGAGACUGGUACAAGACUAAGGAGAUUGUGUUGAAGGGUCACGACUGGCUCAUCUCAGAACUCAAAGCCUCCGGUCUGCGUGGACGUGGUGGUGCUGGUUUCCCUUCCGGGUUGAAAUACUCUUUCAUGAACUUCAAAGACUGGGACAAGGACCCCCGACCCCGAUACCUAGUUGUCAACGCCGAUGAGGGUGAACCCGGAACAUGCAAGGACCGCGAGAUUAUGCGCAAGGACCCCCAAAAGCUGAUCGAGGGUUGCUUGGUUGUCGGCCGUGCCAUGAACGCCAAUGCCGCUUACAUUUACAUUCGUGGUGAAUUCUACCAGGAAGCCACCGUCCUCCAGCGCGCCAUCAACGAGGCCUACCAGGCCGGUCUGAUCGGUAAGAAUGCUUGCGGAACCGGCUACGACUUCGACGUCUUCAUCCACCGCGGAAUGGGCGCCUAUGUCUGCGGUGAGGAGACUUCCCUCAUCGAGUCCAUCGAGGGCAAGGCCGGCAAGCCCCGUCUCAAGCCCCCAUUCCCCGCCGCCGUCGGUCUUUUCGGCUGUCCCAGCACAGUCACCAACGUCGAGACCGUCGCCGUCACACCGACCAUCAUGCGCCGAGGAGGGAGCUGGUUCGCCGGUUUCGGUCGUGAGCGUAACGCCGGAACUAAGCUCUUCUGUAUCUCCGGUCACGUCAACAACCCUUGCACUGUCGAGGAAGAGAUGUCAAUUUCCCUCCGUGAACUGAUCGACCGCCACUGCGGCGGUGUCCGCGGCGGCUGGGACAACCUCCUCGCCGUUAUCCCCGGUGGUUCCUCAACGCCCGUUAUCCCCAAGUCCGUCUGCGAUGACCAGCUCAUGGACUUCGACGCCCUCAAGGACUCCCAGACCGGUCUCGGUACCGCCGCCGUCAUCGUCAUGGACAAGUCCACCGACAUCGUCCGCGCCAUCUCCCGCCUCUCCACCUUCUACAAGCACGAGUCCUGCGGUCAGUGCACCCCUUGCCGUGAGGGUUCCAAGUGGACCAUGCAGAUGAUGCAGCGCCUCGAGAAGGGCCAGGCCCGUGAGCGCGAAAUCGACAUGCUCCAGGAACUCACCAAGCAGGUCGAGGGCCACACCAUCUGUGCCCUUGGUGAGGCCUUCGCCUGGCCCAUCCAGGGUCUCAUCCGCCACUUCCGUCCGGAACUGGAAGCUCGUAUCAAGGAGUACUCACAAGGCCUGAACGGUCAGCAGUACCUUGCUGGUGGCUGGCACCCCAACAGCCGGGCUGAGGGCAAGCUGAUCUCCCCUGGCAUGUAA